UGCGCGCCCCCCGUAUGGUUGUUAGUUGAGCUGCAGGGGGCGUCUCGGUCAACGAGCAGACGGACAGUGAAUUUCAGAGUGAGGGCGAGGGGAACAAAAAAAAAACAACACCUUUCUGCGUGAUGUGUAAAUAUUAUUAGUUUGUGGUGCAGCUGGCACCGGUCGGUGUGGUCGGGCUGAUGUUGUAGCCGGAUGAAGUACGCUCCGAUGGCCGGGGAGCGGUAGGAGCGCACGGUUGUUCCCAGUAUGAGCGCAGGAAUUAAGAAGCCACCAGUGGCCCCUAAACCCCGAAUUACUUUGGGAAAGAAGCCACCUCCUCCUCCAGUUGCGCCAAAGCCAGACAUCCUCAUAUCAGAACCAUUCUCAACACAUAAGGGACCAAAGCCAGCAUUAGCACCAAAACCAAUAUUGCCAAAAGUUACACCUGUGGCUGAAGUCAAACCAACACCACUGCAAAUUAAUAAAUGUUCAGAGAAAACUAAGCGAGAAUGGAGUGAAAAUGUCAAGUGUUCAACUUGUCAAGGUGAUGGAAUGCAAAAGGGAGACUGUGAAUUGAUCCAACAUUGUGUCAUAGCAAAUUACUCAUGUAAAACUGAAUAUGAGCAUAAAUAUAUAAAUGGUGAAAAUACAGAUAAAACACAACUUGUCAUUGACCACUUGUCCAAAUUGGAACCUUUAGAAAAGAGCAAAAAAUACAACCAAGCAAAUUAUUCCUCUAGAGUAUGGCACAGACCAGAGACUCAGAACGGCAAAAAAGUUAACAAGUAUCAGAUAAUGAGUAAAACUAGUUUCCCAGAGCAGAAAUUUAAAGAUGUGCUAACUCAGGUUGUAUCACCAAACAAUUAUCUUCCAAAACAAAAAGAUGCACUUGGUGAUGCAGAUAUCAAAUUGCACAGUAGUAGCAAUGGGCAAACUGAAGUGUUCAAUACUGACCAAACUUUCCAAAAUAUAAGAAGUUCCAAAAGAAAUACAGGGGAGCCAUUUGUUAUUGGGAAUAAAGAUUAUGAAGUUAAAAAUGUUGCUGAACCAUCAGAAAACGAAAUGAAAAAUGGAAAAAAUUGUCACUCCUCUGGUACUGAUCUCAAAGAAAGUGUGCAUGACAACCAGUCAAAGGUUCUAUUUAUGGUUGCAGAAAAGGAGAAGUUGACUUUUCAGGAUAAUUCUUCAAUUAACACUUCAACAUUCGCUUCAGUGCCUUGCGUCAAACCAAUUCCUAUGCCAAAGCCAAAAAAAGUACGUCUUGUUGGUCUCAUCAGGCAGAACUGUAUAGACAACUGUAUGGAAGAUGCAGUGUGUCCUAAUGAGAUGGGCAACAAUCUUUGCUUCAAGACUCCAGAUGGAACUGCUGUAGACUUGAAGAAAUCAGUUAUUUCCUUGGAUGCUGGAAGUGUUUUUAUGAGUAAAAAUGAAAGUUCAUAUCAGACUGUCAAGAUGAACAGUGCAUCAUUACAGGAUAACAUUGCUGAACUUAGUCACUCAAAAGAUUCUUGUAAUCAAAGUGUUUUACACCCCAAAAAGCCUGUUCUGGACUGCGUCACUAAAGUUAAAAUCUCUUCAGACUUGCAAAAUAAAAGUAAAAUAGAACAAAUAAAGAAAGAUUUGGAAAGUGGCAACAGAACAUUGCCAGCAGACAGCAAAAGCAGUUUUAUUAGAAGUAGCUCGCUCUCUAUGAGUUUGCCCAAAUACCUCAGUUUGUCAUAUGCUCCAAAAGUGCCUGUAUCAAGUAAUGAUAGUGGUUCAGAUUUUGAUAGAGUGCUGAGCAAUGAAGCAAUGUCCACAAAGUCAGACAUCUCUCCAAAGAUUAUGCCAGAAAAACCACAGCGUCACAGCCUGCCUUCAUCUGUUAUAGUUAAAAAGGAUCUGUCAGUAAGCAAUGAGAAAAGUGCAAGUGGUUCAAUAGAAAAUGAUUCAGAAGAGGGAAUUGGCAGUUUAUCCACCACAGAAACUAAAACAUCUAGUAGUGAACACAAAGCAGUUCAUCUGAGUGAGAAACCUGUAUGGAAAUUGCCACAUCCUAUUUUGCCUUUUCUGGGGAGUCCUGGCACUGUAACACUAACAAGUACUUCACCAAAUAAUGAAGUCGCUAUAUCAAAGCCAAGAGCUAAGUCUUUGUCAUCUGCUGAUUCUGAAAAGCUGGAAAAGUCACUAAAAGCGCCUUCAAAGAAAAAUUCAUUUAAACGAAUUCUUGGUAUAAAACUCUCUGCUAAAAUGAAAACUGACUUUCCAAAAUUUUUGACAAAAGGCAGCUAUUCACUAGACAGCACACCAGAUGGAUUUCUUUCUAUGGAAAAUAAGGACAAUAAUCUCUGCCUUUCAGGGUCCAUGACAGGUGAUCGAGAGAUUAAGCCUAUGAAAGCACACUCUGUGGAUUCCUGCUAUCCCACAAAGAAAGGGCAAAUACUUAAAAACCCCUCUGUUUUUCCAACUAAUGCUCCUGCUCAACAGGAAUCUCAUGUUCAACGCCACAAAGAAUGGGCACAGAAUUUUAAAGUGCAUUUGACUGAGCAACAGUCUCUCACUCCUGAAUAUGAAAACAUCAGUGGCAAUUUUGACUGGAAAAGUUCUUCCAGUGUUGAAGACUGUGACAGUAGUUUUUAUGAAAUACAACCCUAUGCAGUAUCAACCUGCUAUCAAAAAUAUGCUGCAACUCAGAAGAGCCAGUGUAUCAGCCCGAUACAGGAUCAGGAUAACCGUUCUUUAGAAAUGGACAUCAACUCAGAUGAAGAAGAAAUCAUUUUUAGCUCCGAUGAAGAAGAUACCAGUUCAGAUACAAGUAAAGGAGAACUGGAUCAGCAAGAGAAGAAGCAGAAUGGCGAAGGAAAGAAAACCAAAGUGUAUCAUAUUGCCAGAGAAAUCAUGAGCUCUGAGAAAGUAUUUGUGGAUGUUUUGAAGCUUUUGCACAUUGAUUUCAGGGAUUCAGUAAUCCAAUCUUCAAGACAGUAUGGAAAGCAAGUGAUUGAAGAUAAGAUCUUGAACCAGAUCCUGUACUACCUGCCACAGCUGUAUGAACUAAAUCGGGGUCUGCUACGAGAAUUGGAAGAAAGAAUGGCACACUGGGAAGAGCAUCAGAGAAUAGCUGAUAUCUUUGUGGAGAAGGGACCAUACCUCAAGAUGUACUCAACCUAUAUCAAGGAGUUUGACAAGAAUGUUUGUUUGUUGGAUGAACAGUGCAAGAAGAACCCUACUUUUGCUGCUGUGGUUAGAGAAUUUGAGAUGAGCACUCGCUGUGCAAAUCUGGCACUCAAGCAUUACCUGUUAAAACCUGUCCAGAGGAUUCCACAAUACAAGCUGCUUCUAACAGAUUAUAUGAAGAACCUGUCAAAAGACUGUGCUGACUACAAAGAUACUCAAGCUGCUCUUGCCAUUGUUGUAGAAGUAGCAAACCAUGCUAAUGACAUAAUGAAACAAGGGGAUAACUUCCAGAAGCUGAUGCAGAUUCAAUAUAGCCUAAAUGGCCAACAAGAGAUUGUACAGCCUGGAAGGGUUUUUUUGAAGGAAGGCACUUUGAUGAAGCUGUCUAGAAAGGUUAUGCAGCCCCGAAUGUUUUUUUUGCUAAAUGAUGUGUUAUUGUACACUACACCAGUACAAUCUGGAAUGUUCAAGCUGAACAAUAUGCUUUCUCUAGCAGGUAUGAAGGUCAGUAAGCCGUCUCAAGAAGCCUAUCAAAAUGAACUGAACAUAGAGAGUGUUGAACGAUCUUUCAUUCUUUCAGCAAGUUCAGCAGCAGAAAGAGAUGAAUGGUUAGAAGCCAUUUCCAAAGCCAUUGAGGACUACACAAAAAAAAGGAUAACAUUCACUGGAAGUAAAAGCCUUGAGGAAGAACCAGACAAACCAGAACUAAAUACACCCCUGGGCACGAAGGCACCCAUAUGGAUCCCUGAUCCUCGGGCUACCAUGUGCAUGAUUUGUACAUGUGACUUUACACUUACUUGGAGGCGACAUCAUUGUAGAGCAUGUGGAAAGAUUGUUUGUCAAGCCUGCUCAGUAAACAAAUUUAAUUUGGAUUACCUUAAAAAGCGACCUGCAAGAGUUUGUGAUCUCUGCUUCUCAGAAUUGCAAAAGAGAGAAGUACAGUCACCUGAUCCAAAGAUGCUGUCUCCAACUCACAAAUCGUCAAGUGCCCUUACCUCAGUUUUUCACAGCAUUCAGCAUUCUUCAGGACGGAAGCACAAGAAAAUUCCAGCAGCACUGAAAGAAGUAUCUGCUAAUACAGGAGCAUCAUCGAUGAGUGGCUACCUUUAUAGGUCAAAAGGUAUUAAGAAACCAUGGAAACGACUCUGGUUUGUCAUUCAGGAUAAGGUGUUAUAUACUUAUGCUGCCAGUGAGGAUGUGGCUGCAUUAGAGAGUCAACCAUUGCUGGGCUUCACAGUUUCUGAAGUCCAGGAUGAUCUCUCAGAACCCAAAGUGAUUUUCCAGAUGCUUCAUAAGAGUACACUGUUUUAUGUAUUUAAAGCAGAUGAUCAUCAUACAGCCCAAAGGUGGGUAGAAGUUUUUCAAGAAGCUACUGUGUUAUAAUCCUCCUAAAACAGACACAACAGUAGGGAAGGACUUAAAGAAGCAAAUCCCUGAAAAAUAUACUACACUGAGAUGCUAAAGUAUGGGGUUGAUGUUUCAAAAAGAUUGAAUAAAAAUAUUCACCUACACACCUUAAUCUCCUGUGACUAACAGUUUACCUUGAAUAUCAGAUUGAACUGCAAAGAUUCUGCACUAGCCACAAAAGCUGUCUGCGUGUGCUCUCAGAUGUUGUCUGAAAAAGGCCCCGAAGAAGAAAAGUUGAUCAAAGUCAUUGACUAAUUUAAUUGCUUUGUGAUGACAGUGAAAGCAAGAAUUAAUCAAGGUCUAUUCUUUCAGUCUGGCUAUUUUCUCAAACAAAACAUUUCCAAGGUGAUGAAUUUCUGUGCUACAUUUCUCAAGUGCGAUUGUAUGGUUUCAUUGCAAAACUGUGAAAAUCACAUUAUUAUUAUUGAUGUAAAGGCCUACCUUGAUCUCUCCAGUUUAAUCACAGGUUAUUGAACUGAUUUUUUAUCUCUUGAAGAUCUCCACAUUCAGAAGUGAUUUGUGAAUACCUCUAAUUUCCAGUGAGGUAAAUUCAGUACCUGGUUUGACACUCUGCUUUGUAGACCACAAAGGUCAAGUUUGUGCAGAUAUAGUUGAUUUUAUCUGGAGUCAGAAAUUGCCUGAAUAUCUAUGCUAUAGAGAAAGAAAGAAAUAGAUAUGAUUCUACUCAUCACUGCCCGGUAACUGGAAUAGAGAGUACCUAUUUGGACACCAAAUAAAGACAUGGUAAUGAUUGUGAAGCCAGGCAGUUGGAUAGAGACUAAAUUCCUGAAACAACCGAAUGAUUCUCUGAAGGACUGCUAGGGCCCGUCUGAGCAGCUACGUCAAGUAAGAGCUGCUGCUUCGGAAAAGGGAAGAGAAGAAAAUUGGACAAACAGUUACUAUUUGGUUCAUGACUUCUGAACUUUGAGAUACAAAGUAAUUUGGUAGCCUGACACUACUGUAUAUAUAAACAAAUUCAGCUGGGAUAUUUUUGGAAGUAAGUAGUCUUUGAUGAUUCCAAUAUUCUUGCCUGGUUUUCACUGCAUUAAUAUCAAUACUAGAUAGUUUUCAUGUUUUUCCAGGUUUAUCAGAAUGUGCAUUUAUAUUUUUCAAAAUGUUAUGGUGGGAACAGGGCUGUUAAGUACUGCCCAUUUUUCCAGUAUAUUUUAACUUUAUUGUUUUUAUUUAAUGAUUAGCUUUUGUAAAAAAAAAAUUGAAGACAAGAUAGUUCAGCAAGAAUUUAUACAUGCAGGCAUGAGCUAGAUUUAUGUAUUUAUUUAACUAUUGUAAUAAGCAUCUAUGGUUCUUCAUGGAGCACAACAGACAUCACGUAGAAUUCAAAGUGCAAAUUAAUGUAAAAAUAUGCCUGUUCUUCCAGUACAAACUUUUUAUAAGUGUGUAGAAAGUUGAAUGUAAAUUAGCAUUUGGGAUAAAUAUGGCCUGGUGAAUCUAAAUUUUUCACACCAUGUAGGGUUUCUCUCAAUUGAUGAGGGAAACAUUUUCCUAUUUUAAAAAAACUCUGCAAAAUGCUGAAGCUGUAUAUUCAUUGGUAACCAGACAUAUCUUUCAAAAGGCCAGAUAUAAAAUUGCUUACUUCCAAUUUCACCAGCAAGGCUGCAAUUUGCCUGAAUCACUUUGGAUUUUCAUUCUGAAAGAUUCAGAAUUCUACUUGAGACUUGAGUCAGUAUGAAGGCUGCUGCUUUGAUGGAGAUGCCUGCUUUUUGUUGAGACAUUAAAUUGAAGCUCCUGACUGUUUAGGUGGAUUAAAAGUAAAUUUUGUAGCAUUGCUUUGAAGAAGAUCUGGCAAAUGCUGGUCCAUCAGACACCAACACUAAAUGAUAAAUUAUUUGGCCAUUCAUCUCUCUAAGGGUCAGUGAAACUAUUUGUGUGAAUUGUAUUUGUGUAUAUUAAGAUCUUUAUCUGUUACUGAGGGUAUGAUUAAGCACAAUUUAAAGUCAAACUCUUUAAAAGCAAUUUCUGGAUAUUGACCUUGACUAGAAGUGCAUUGAUUGAUUGUUUUGUGUGAAGAAUCUGCUGAUACCAGUUAUAAAUUUGCCUUUUACUAGUUUGCAUCAAUGUCCACUACAGUUUAAAUCUACCUUUUCUACAAGUUUGUUUUUGAUUUGUCUCUGUGAAGUGCCUUAGGACAUUUUUCUACAUUAAAGGUGCUAUAUAAA